AUGAGGGUCUGCCAGCCCUUGCAGCAGGAGCCGGUGGCGGCGGGGGGCGGCCGCGGCCGGCACCGUGGCGCGGGGGGGUCCCGCGUCCGCUUCGAGGAGGGCGCCGUGUUCCUGGCCGCCUGCUCCAGCGGCGACACCGAGGAGGUGAAGAGGCUGCUGGGCCGCGGCGCCCGCAUCAACACCACCAAUGUGGACGGGCUGACAGCCCUGCACCAGGCCUGUAUUGAUGAGAACCUGGACAUGGUGAAGUUCUUGGUAGAAAAUGGAGCCAAUGUGAACCAGCAAGACAACGAGGGCUGGACCCCUCUGCAUGCAGUGGCAUCGUGUGGCUACCUGAACAUAGCAGAGUUCCUGAUCAGCCACGGCGCCAACGUGGCCGCUGUCAACAGCGAGGGCGAGGUCCCGUCCGACAUCGCCGAGGAGGCGGCCAUGAAGGACCUGCUUCUGGAGCAAGUCAAGAAACAAGGUGUAGACCUAGAGCUGUCAAGGAAAGAAGAGGAGCAGCAAAUGCUCCAGGAUGCCCGGCAGUGGCUGAACAGUGGGAAAAUUGAGGAUGUAAAGCAGCCUCGGACAGGAGCCACAGCUCUUCAUGUUGCUGCAGCCAAGGGCUAUUCUGAAGUCAUGAGGCUCCUGAUCCAGGCUGGCUUUAAUUUGAACGUCCAGGACAAUGAUGGCUGGACUCCACUCCAUGCUGCUGCUCACUGGGGAGUGAAGGAAGCGUGUUCCAUCCUGGCUGAGGCUCUGUGUGACAUGGACAUCAGGAACAAGCUGGGCCAGACACCCUUUGAUGUUGCUGACGAGGGGCUUGUGGAGCAUUUAGAAAUGCUGCAGAAGAAGCAGACUGUGCUGCGAAGUGAGAAGGAGACAAGGAAUAAGCUGAUUGAAGCUGACAUGAAUGGGAAGCCUCAAAACAGAUUCUUCACCAACAAAGAGAAGAUUCUUUAUGAGGAAGACACAAUGAAGUCUGUGGAAACUGAGGAAGAGAACAAGGACUCAAGCAGUUCUAGUUCUGAGGAGGAAGAAGCUGAAGAUGAAGUUUCAGAAUCAGAUGCUGAAAAGGAGUCAGAGAGAAAGGAAGAGCCCUUUGCCAACCACUCCAGCCGUGAAUCCAGGCCCAGCAUCACUGAGCAAAUGGCACCAGCUGAGCCAAACUCCUUCACUGCGUCUGCCAGAAGAUUCAGUUGGCUCAGCAAGUCAGAUGAGCAGAAGGAUGAAUCACCUUCGUCCUGGAGGCUGGGCCUGAGGAAGACUGGCAGCCACAACAUGUUGAGUGAAGUUGCUGCCACUCGUGAGGCACAGAGGGAUAAAACUUCUUCCAUCUAUCGCUCCUCGUCCAGCCCUCGGAUAUCUGCCCUGUUGGACAACAAGGAAAAGGACAGAGAUAACAAGAGUUAUCUUGCCACCAUAGUCCCCAGAAGACUGAGCAGUACGAGUGAUAUAGAAGAAAAAGAAAACAGAGAAUCUGCAGUGAACCUGGUGAGGAGUGGCUCCUACAGCCGGCAGCCCUGGAGAGAUGAGCCAAAGGGAAACGAAGCUCCCCACUCUGCCCCCACUACCUAUGUAUCCACCUACUUGAAAAGUGCUUCAUUUGGUAGAAGUAGUGACCUGAGCAGUCCCUACAUUUCAGCCAGUUGCAGUCCAUCUCUAGCUACCUCACCCACUGCCAUUGGCUCAUCUACCUCCCUGGGCACCCCGUGGCCAGCUGUCCCUUGCUGUCCCCCAUCUCUCGGUGUGAGCACUCCUGCUUCAGCCUGCCACAACACCAGAGCCCCUUUCAGGCAACAAACUGAUUCUGCUGUAGAGAAAAGCACAGAGGGCAGCUGUGGCAGCACCCCUCUAGGUGUAAUCACAAACCGUGCUGUGCUCGGCGCUGCCAACGGCACCGGGAAUGCCGGGGCUGCCUCCGCCCUGGGGAAGGAGCUCUCUGCUGAGGAGCCCAGGGAGCGCAGAAGGUCAUAUCUGACUCCAGUGCGGGAUGAGGAAGCAGAAUCCCUGAGGAAGGCACGAUCCAGACAGGCCCGGCAGACCCGCAGGUCAACCCAGGGUGUGACGCUGACGGAGCUGCAGGAGGCCGAGCGCACGUUCAGCCGCUCGCGCGCCGAGCGCCAGGCGCAGCACAGCGACACGGCCCAGGACAGCGGCUGGGGCAGGAGCACAGAGGAUGAGACCGUGUAUCGGCGACUGAGGGGCCCAGCCCAGCCUGACAAACCCACAACACCUGUGUCUCCUUCCACAGCAGCACCUCUGCUCUAUACAACUUCAUACCUGACUCGAACAAAUAAAUAUCUGGGGCUGGACUCAGUGAAUCCAGCAGAUUUCAGAGCAGCAGCCACAGAGAUGGAGAAAAAUGAGUGUGAAGACCAGGAUUCAGACGACAGAUCCCUGAACAAGCAGUCGAUCCGAGAGCGGCGGCGACCGAAAGAGAGACGGAGAGGCACCGGCAUCAUCUUCUCAGCACAGGAUGAUGAUGAUGAAGUUGAUGGAAAUGAAGAAGUGAAGGAAACUCGGUGCUAAUCCAGGUAUGCCAUGGUGCUUCCAGCUUUUCUUGUGAUUAAUGUGGAGAUGGGAAUAAAAAGUGGGAGAAGAAUGAUGCUACAGAUGCAGUUACAGACUCUCAGCUGCUGUGUGUCUCUGGGAGGAGAGGAGGACCCCUUCCUCCUGCUCUCUGUGUGGCACCCUGGCAGAUCCUGUGCUCUGCAGAUGAAGUGUUCCCUCCUCCAAUUCAGAUUCCAUUUAUGGGAAACUCCAGCAGAGCCUGCACAUCCCAUUUACAGAACAGCUACUGCCAGUCCUGCUGCCCAGCAUAACCCUGCCUGCCUUCUGCAGAGCUAAAUAAACCCUGCAGGCUCUGUUUGACCCUGGUAAAGCUUGAGGUUCAUUCAAAAGUCAUUUAUUUGCAGUUGGGUUUAUAUAUAAUGUACAGUUGCUGUAUAGCAGUAGUAGUAAUAAUAAUAUCAAUAAUUUGAAUUAUUAAAUCUUGAGAUACAAAGUUCCAUUAAAUAAGCUAAAUGAAAUGCCCAGAAGUACAGAUUGUAGACUAUAGUAAUGUAAUGUUUUAAUAACUUAUUUUAAAGGUAAUAGGUGUUGCUCUUGUUACUGCUAAGGGAAUUCAGACAUAUGUGUUUAUGUAGCUAUACACAGACAGUUCCUUGGCUAUACAUUAAUUUCUGUAACCCAGCAGCUCCUCAGGUGCUCAUGGCUGUACCCCAGGAAUAAAAAUCUGUGUUUUGGA